GGGGGUCAGAUUCAGUUUUAAUUGGAGUGACGGUAAAUGUGCAGAUUUUCCUUAAUCUACAGAUCUGUACGGUAGAACCUUUUCAUUUGGAAACAAACUUACCUUUAGCAGCAACACUGAAUGUGGAACACUUAAAUUACACACUUGAAAUAAAGCACACAUCAGUGGUAUUCGUUACUUAUGUCUCAAUUUUGUAUUCCUUAAAUUGUGUUUAAUUACAGCUUUUUUUAUUAGAAUCUUAAGUAUUUCUGUUUUUAUGUUGUUUACUCUGUUCUUAUUGUUUACUUCCUUUGUUGCUCCUUUAAUGAACGUUAUUGCUGAUGUGACUCCAAACUUUCCCCACUAAGGGACAAUAAAGACUUGUGUCAAGCCAGCCUCCAGUUGGAGACUUGUAGUCAACAACCCCACAGUGAUACUUUAUCAAUAUCAAGUUAUUCUGAUUUUGCCUUCCAAAAUAAAGGCCUUUUUAAAUCGUCCACAAUUGACCUAAUUUUCUGUGAUUUCAAAAUGCUCUAAAAUAGUAAAUCGCUGUUUCCACAGGGUAAUUCCACUUUCGAUCAACAGUAUACAACCCCAGUGAUACUUUAAUAAUAUCAAGUCAUUCUGAUGUUGCCUUCCAAAAUAAAGGCCUUUUUAAAUUGCCUAUAUACGACUAACUCUUAACAAUUUCAAAAUGCUCUUAAAUAGAUUUUUGCUGUUUCCACAGGAUGAUACAUGUUCGAUCAAUAGUAUACAACCACACAGUUAUUCCAUAUCAAUAUUAAGUCAGUCUGAUUUUAUUUAUUAAAAUUUACUGAAGUGGAUUUCUUGUCUUUACAUAUAAUGACACAAUAUUUUCUUUGAAUUUGUAAUGUUAUGAAAUAGAACCAUUUUCAUAAAAGUAAGAUCGGUAAAUCUGUUUAUCUUUGAAAAUAAAUCCCAGAAAAAGGGAACAGCUCAAUACAAGGAGAGUAAAUUGUAAAGUCCAAAAGGUGCAGUCAUGAUAACAUUAAUAGGUAGGUCAAUUAUGGACAUUUUGAAAGGCCUUUAUUUUGGAAGGCAACAUCAGAAUAACUUGAUAUUGAUAAAGUAUCACUGUGGGGUUGUAUACUGUUGAUCUAUAGUGUAUCUAUACUGUUACGUAUGUGAUCAACAUUAUUUUUCUUUGCAGAGCCAAAUUUGGUCAGAGCUCCUGAGCCUGACAGGUUUAAUAAUGCUUAAUAGCUAAAUAAUCCCCUCAAGUGGCAUAUAUGCCUUUGCUUAAUCUAAUCUGGUGACUGGAUGGUUUGGAGCCAAGUUACUAAUUAUUUAACUCUGACUGAACAACGUGUGGAGUUUUUGUAAUUUAUUUCAUCCAUCCAUUUUCUUCCUCUUAUCUGGAGUCGGGUCGCGGGGGCAGCAGCCUAAGCAGGGAGGCCCAGACUUCCCUCUCCCCAGACACUUGGCCCCGCGGCUCCGGGGGAAUCCCAAGGCGUUCUCUGCUCAGACAAGAGACAUAGUCCCUCCAACGUGUCCUGGGUCUUCCUUUAGGUCUCCUCCCAGUUGGACGUGCCUGGAAAAUCUCACCAGGGAGGCGUCCAUGCACGAUCCUGACCAGAUGCCCGAGCCACCUUAACUGGAUCCUCUCGAUGUGGAGGAGCAGCGGGUCUACUCCGAUCCCCUCCCGGAUGACCGAGCUUCUCACCCUGAGACUCCGUGGAGAAAACUCAUUCCAGCUGCUUUUCUCCUCGAUCUCGUUCUUUGGGCCACUACCCAAAGCUCGUGACCACAGACCGGUACAACGCCCGCAUCACUGCAGAUGCAGCACCAAUCCGCCUGUCGAUCUCACGCUUCCGUUUACCCUCGCAUGUGAACAAGACCCUGAGAUACUUAAACUCCUCCACUUGAGGCAGGAGUUCAUCCCUGACCUGGAGAAGGAAUUCUACCGGAUGGCUAUGCUCCUCCUACAUACAGUAGACUGCUGGAGGAUAUACUGGCCACAUUUCCUCAGGAACACUGUGGGAUCCUUCGGAAGAAGCUGCAGUUUCUUUGGGAAUGAUCCUGGAUCUGGUUCCUCCGUGUCCCGAUGGAUGGAUGUUGGUUCUGGUAAACGUUGGGAGAAAUUUUGAUGAAGAGCGAAGUAAUUUCAUCGCACCGCGGAAAGGGAUUUACAGUUUUAACUUCCACGUAGUCAAAGUCUACAACCGUCAAACCAUCCAG